AUGGCCCUCCCUUCGAGGAACCUCAAACAAUGCGCUUCCCUCUUUUUGGCAACGUCGGGGGCCCCGGCUCGGGCCUGGCUCCGACUGUUGGGGCUCAUGGCCAGCAUGGUGGACGUCAUAAAGUUUUGCAGGCUUCGUAUGAGACCGAUACAAUUCCACCUGCUUUCCUUUUACCGACCCAGUCGCAACACCAUCAGUCAUUUGGUGCCGACUUCGGCGUGGCUGGACCCACACCUCCGGUGGUGGCUCGAUGACGCAAACCUCUUGGGGGGGUCGAGCUUUCUGCAAGCCCCGACCGUCAUUGACUGUCACAACGGACGCAGCUCUGUCGGGCUGGGGGGCUACCCUGGGCCAACGCCAGGUGGCCGGGUGUUGGGGCCUCGAGCACAGCUCGGCCCACACAAUGUACUCGAGCUGCUAGCAGUGACCUACGAUCUCGAAUGUUUCCGGAGGGUGGUGGUUGGCCAGGUGGUGUUGGUUCAAUCCGACAACACCACCGUCGUGUCAUACAUCAACCGCCAGGGGGGGACUCGGUCCCCCCAGUUGUGCGCACACACCUGGGAGUUGCUCCACUGGUGCAUGCACAACGAGGUCUCCCUUACGGCGAUUCAUCUCCCGGGCGAGGAGAACGUCACAGCGGAUGCUCUGUCCAGGGGGUGGAUCCACCCCACAGAGUGGACGCUGCGUCCUCAGGUUGCUCAACUAAUGUUCCAACUGAUCGACCGCCCACACGUCGAUCUGUUCGCUUCAAGCAACAACCACCAACUCCCGACGUACUGCUCGGAGGGACGCUCUGGCUGUCCAGUUGGACGGGCUUCUAGCGUAUGCUUUCCCCCCGAUCUCGCUUCUCUAAAACUCCUCUCACCAAACUGGAGCAGCAGGAGUGCAAAAUCCUCCUUAUAG